AUGGCGACCCAAAGCGACGACGUCCUUCGGCGGCCUCUCUACAUGUACGAUCUGCCUAGCGCAGUUCUAGAAAGCUUGACUCUCAAGGCAGACGCAGACAGCACGCACGUCGUCGAUGAAGAACCCACCCGUACGCCGAGUGAAAAGAGCCCCGAUGCGUCGACCGAGAACCUCGUCGGAUCGCAAUCAUGUUCGCUUUGCGGUAUGGCCUUCUCGUCGCUGCAGGACCAGCGCAGCCAUCUCAAGUCCGACUUUCACAACUAUAACUUGAAGCAAAAAAUGCGGAAUCGCAAGCCUGUUUCCGAGACGGAAUUCGACAAGUUAAUAGAGGACCUUGACGAAUCGCUCUCUGGUUCGGACUCGGAAGACGAGGACGAGGACGAGGACGACGGUCGACAGGACUCGACUCUGACGGCGUUGCUGAAGAAGCAGGCUCGCUUGGCGGAUAAACGAGGCGAUGGCGAGGAAGAAGAACCCUCGGAUGGAUCAAGCUUGGGGAGAAGGAAUCGUGGCAAGCCGCCCUUGAUUUGGUUCAGCUCGCCACUCUUGCCAGAGAACCACUACUUUGGGCUGUACCGCGCCAUAUUGACGGGAGAGGAUCAGCGGCAAUCUGACAUUACUGAUGUCCUACGAAAGAAGCAACUCGACCCCAUUUCAGUACCAAAGCCAGCCAAAGACGGGACGCUAGCGCCGACCGCGUACAAAGGACCUCACGUCUUUUUAUGCAUGAUUGGCGGGGGGCAUUUUGCUGCCAUGGUUGUUUCUCUAGCUCCGAGGGCAGCAAAGGGAAACACGUCCAUGAACCGCGAAGCUACUGUCCUAGCUCACAAGACCUUCCAUCGGUAUACCACUCGAAGGAAACAGGGUGGCUCACAGUCUGCAAACGACAAUGCCAAGGGAGCCGCACACUCUGCCGGCUCAACGUUGCGUCGGUACAACGAGCAGGCUUUGGUGGAUGAUGUGCGGGCACUGCUACGUGACUGGAAGGCUCUGCUAGACACUUCAGAAUUGCUCUUUAUUAGGGCCACUGGUGUCACGAAUCGAAGAACGCUUUUCGGGCCGUACGAAGGCCAGGUCCUAAAGCAUAAUGAUAGCCGGCUCCGAGGAUUCCCUUUCAGCACAAGACGCGCCACUCAGAAUGAACUCAUGCGGUCAUUUAUCGAGCUGACGCGGCUCAAAGUCAGGGAGAUUGACCCGGCAAAGGAAGUAGUAAAAGAGGCACAGCCGCAAAUAGUUCCCAAAACUGCUAGCCCUAAACCUUCGAAGCCAAAGCUAUCAGAGGAGGAAGAGACGGCUCUGCUACACACAUCACAGCUACAAGCGCUUAUCCGACGCUCAAAGUUGCCCGCGCUGUUAUCGUACCUGUCCAAUAAUGGCUUGCCAGCCGAUUUCGAAUUCCGACCGACCGAGCAAAACUAUCACUCCCCUCGACCUCUUCACCUCGCAGCCUCUCAAAACUCGCCGCCUCUUGUUCUCGGUCUUCUUACUCGCGGGGGCGCGGAUCCGUCCGUAAAAAACGGCGAGGGUAAGACGCCGUUUGAGCUAGCCGGUGAUAGAGGAACCCGUGACGCCUUCCGGGUUGCUCGCUCGGAGCUGGGAGAGGCCAGAUGGGCCUGGGAUGCGGCCAAGGUUCCCGCGGCGAUGACAAAGGCUGAAGCCGAUCGUAGAGAAGAGCGUGAGAGGUCAGAAGCCGAUAAAAAAGAAGCCGAGAGGAGGAAAGCCGAAGAGGAGCGGCUGCGAACCGAGGGUCCCAAGGUGGUAGAGAAGAAACUCAAGGGGAAUACACUUGGAUCUAGCAUGGCAAAGACACCGCAGGAACGCAGAGAGGAAGAAGCGAGGGGGUUGACGCCGGAAAUGAGGAUGAAGCUGGAACGCGAGAGGAGGGCAAGAGCUGCGGAAGAGCGUUUGCGGAAGAUGAGGAGCUGA